ACGGCGUCGAAGCUCCAUUUCAUCUCCGGCCUCGAUGGCAUCGCUCUGAGGAGCAGCUGGGCUCAUACAGCCGGGGGGAAAGAAACAAAAAAAACUCACAGCACUUUAAAUACCGGGGAGCAGCAGCAGCAGCAGCAGCCGCCAAGGAGGAGACCCCAGGGAGGAAACACACAGCCGUCACCAUGGGGAGCAAAUACCACUGGCAGAGCCAGAAUGUGAAGCAGAGCGGGGUGGACGACAUGGUGCUGCUGUCCAAGAUCACGGAGGACGCCAUUGUGGAGAACCUGAAGAAGAGAUACCUGGACGACUACAUCUUCACGUACAUCGGCUCCGUCCUUAUAUCGGUCAACCCGUUCAAGCAGAUGCCGUACUUCACCGAUCGAGAGAUCGAACUGUACCAGGGAGCUGCACAGUAUGAAAAUCCUCCUCACAUCUAUGCACUAUCAGACAACAUGUACAGGAACAUGAUGAUAGAUCAAGAGAAUCAGUGUGUCAUCAUCAGUGGCGAGAGUGGAGCAGGAAAGACUGUCGCUGCGAAGUACAUCAUGGGCUACAUCUCCAAGGUGUCGGGAGGAGGACCCAAAGUGCAGCACGUGAAGGACAUCAUCCUGCAGUCGAACCCCCUGCUGGAAGCCUUCGGUAACGCCAAGACCGUCCGCAACAACAACUCCAGCAGAUUCGGCAAGUAUUUUGAGAUUCAGUUCAGUCGAGGAGGAGAGCCAGACGGAGGCAAGAUCUCCAACUUCCUCCUUGAGAAGUCCAGGGUGGUUAACCAGAAUGAGAAUGAGAGGAACUUCCACAUCUACUACCAGCUGUUGGAAGGGGCUUCAGCACAGCAGAGAGAGAGCCUGGGAGUCAUGACCCCGGACUACUACUACUACCUGAACCAGUCCGGCACCUACAAGGUGGACGGCACAAAUGACAGCAAGGACUUCCAGGAAACCAUGGAAGCCAUGCAUGUGAUUGGGAUCUCAGAUGGCUAUCAGGAUCAGGUGCUGCAGAUUGUGGCGGGGAUUCUACACCUGGGAAACAUCAGCUUCAUCGAGGCGGGGAACUAUGGACAGGUGGAAAGCAUGGACUUACUGGCUUUCCCUGCAUUCCUGCUGGGUAUAGACCAGGAACGCCUGCAGGACAAACUGACCAGCCGCAAGAUGGACUCCAAGUGGGGGGGCAAGUCGGAGUCGAUCAACGUGACCCUGAACAAGGAGCAGACCUGCUACACCCGCGAUGCGCUGGCCAAGGCCCUCUACGCCCGCCUCUUCGACUUCCUGGUGGAGGCUAUUAACAAAGCCAUUCAGAAACCGCACGAGGAAUACAGCAUUGGUGUUCUGGACAUCUAUGGUUUUGAGAUCUUCCAGAGAAACGGGUUCGAGCAGUUCUGCAUCAACUUUGUGAACGAGAAGCUGCAGCAGAUCUUCAUCGAGCUCACGCUGAAAGCCGAACAGGAAGAGUAUGUUCAGGAGGGUAUUAAGUGGACACCAAUUGAAUAUUUCAACAACAAAGUGGUGUGUGACCUCAUUGAGAACAAGCUGAAUCCCCCGGGCGUCAUGAGCGUCCUGGACGACGUGUGCGCCACCAUGCACGCCAAGGGCGAGGGGGCGGACGGGACGCUGCUGCAGAAGCUGCAGGCGGCCGUGGGAACCCACGAACACUUCAACAGCUGGAACUCCGGAUUCGUCAUCCACCACUACGCCGGCAAGGUCUCCUACGACAUCAACGGGUUCUGUGAGAAAAACCGCGAUGUUCUCUUCACGGACCUCAUCGAGCUCAUGCAGAGCAGCGUGCACGAAUUCAUCAGAAGCCUCUUCCCUGAAAACCUGAACACAGAGAAGAAGGGUCGGCCCGGCACUGCCAGCUCAAAGAUCAAGAAACAAGCCAACGACCUGGUGAACACGCUGAUGAAGUGCACCCCACACUACAUCCGCUGCAUCAAGCCCAACGAGACCAAGAGGCCCAAGGACUGGGAGGAGAGCCGAGCGAAGCACCAGGUGGAGUACCUGGGCCUUCGGGAGAACAUACGCGUGAGGAGGGCCGGCUUCGCCUACCGCCGAGUCUUCAACAAGUUCCUGCAGAGGUACGCCAUUCUGACUGCGGAGACGUGGCCGGGCUGGAGAGGCGACGAGAAGCAGGGCGUGCUGCACCUCCUGCGCUCCGUGAACAUGGACACCGACCAGUACCAGAUGGGCCGGACCAAGGUGUUCGUCAAGAACCCGGAAUCGCUUUUUCUAUUGGAGGAGAUGAGGGAGAGGAAGUUCGACACGUUCGCCAGGACCAUCCAGAAGGCCUGGAGGAAAUACAUCGCCAGAAGGAAGUAUGAACAGAUGAGGGAGGAGGCCUCCGACAUCCUGUACAACUCCAAGGAGCGCCGGAGGAACAGCAUCAACAGGAACUUCGUGGGAGAUUACCUGGGCAUGGAGGAUCGCCCAGAGCUGCGCCAGUUCCUCGCCAAGAGAGAGCGCAUCGACUUCGCCGACUCCGUCACCAAGUUCGACCGCAGGUUCAAGCCAAUCAAGAGGGACCUGAUCCUGACGCCGAGGGGGAUCUACCUGAUUGGCCGAGAGAAGGUGAAGAAGGGGCCAGAGAAGGGACAGAUCAAGGAGGUGCUGAAAAGAAAAAUGGAACUGGGGAGCGUGUGCAGAAUUUCACUCAGUACGAGGCAGGACGACUUCUUCAUUCUGCACGAGACCCAGUACGACAGCCUGCUGGAGUCCACCUUUAAGACGGAGUUCAUCAGCCUGCUGUGCAAGCGGUACGAGGAGGUGACCAAGAACAAGCUGUCCCUCUCCUUCAACGACCGGCUGGAGUUCAAAGUGAAGAAGGAAGGCUGGGGUGGGGGAGGCUCUCGGUGCGUGGUGUUCCAGCGGGGGCAGGGGGACCUGGCGCAGCUGAAGCCCGGCGGGAAGUCUCUCACCGUCACCGUGGGAGACGGCCUCCCCAAAACAUCCAAGCCGACCAGGAAAGGGGCCCCCCAGGCCAGAGGAGGGCGCGCACACAUGCCACACAGAGACCAGCGAAACGGCGGCGCCCAGUUCUCGCGCCCAAGCCCCCGGCCCGCGCAGCAGACGGAGCAGACCUACUCCACCCCCCAGAAGCAGCUGCGGCCCCCGACCUCCGCGCCCCCCAUGAGGGGGCCCGCGCAGACCCAGCGGGGCCCCCCCAGACACGAGCCCGGGAACCUGGACUUCCUCAACGUGCCCGACCAGGGCGUAUCGGGGAUGCAGAGGAAGAAGAGCGUCAGUCAGAACCGCCCGCCUCCGGCGCCGACCAGCCGACCCAAAGCCAAACCCCAGGGCCCCCGCUGCAGGGCGCUAUAUCAGUAUGUGGGGCAGGACGUCGAUGAGAUCAGCUUUGAUGUUAAUGAUGUCAUCGAACUUCUCAAUGAUGACCCUUCCGGGUGGUGGAGAGGAAGGAUAAACGGCAAGGAGGGCCUGUUUCCUGGCAACUACGUGGAGAAGAUCUGAGGACUCCAACAGUAGUGCUGUUACCAUGGAGAUGGAGGGAUGACCUCACUGACCUCACAUACGCACUUAUUAUUCCUCCUGAGACCCUGCGGGAAAAAAGUAUAUUAAUUUUUUUUUUUUUGGCAUAAUACAACUGUCUUGGACAAAAACCUGUCACAGUUAAAAUAUUUUUUAAAUAGUAUUAUUUAAUUGAAUGUUCCCUUGUAAAGUAAGUUUCAGCAUAGUAGAUGCUGUAGAUGACUCUUGAAAAUAAGACCAGAGACUUGUGUCAUCUACUGGAGACAUGAAUUGCUGGGUUUUAGGAGGAUAUUAUCAUCUCAAGGAUUAUAAUGACAUGUUUGUUGGGAGUCAGUCAGAGCACAAUGAAAUCAAUGCAAAAUCCAACAGUGAACAUGAUUUUUUUUUUUUUUUUUUUUUGUGCUUUUCCAAAAAUUGCUUUGCGAUGCACAGUUUCCAUGCAAACUUGACACCAGGAACACCUGAAAAACUGUACAGAAAUGGUUACUUGGUUACUAUUUUUGGUGUUCAUUGGCAAAAUAUCUGAACGAUGAUGCAGUCAGUUUACAAUUCACAGUUUACAUUUCGCUGUAAGUUGGAUGCUGCAUUAACACAUGUACUGCAAACCAAUGUCCACUGUGAGGCACUGUUGCACUCUUUUUCGGUGUCUUCGGGAACACUGACUAUUUCAAACAGCUGGACGGCGGGUACACUCGUCAUUACGGUCAGGACAAAGCCGGGCGGUUGUAAAACAGGUUUUUCAUAGCAUUGCUGUGGUUGUGCAAUGGAAUCAACAUAAAUGGUGCACUUUUUUAUUUUCAAAUUUAUUUUUUGAAAAUUGGCGCUGAUCUCAGUAAAAACGCAACAAAAUACUGGAGUGUUUAAUGCAAACGUGCUACACUUAAUUGCACUUCUUCAUACGUUGAGCCGUGUCUGUUUGUUUUCUUAGACUUAUUUGUUCAAUUAAUGUAAAGAAACUGCACAUAAUGCUUUGAAUAUUAACAUGCUACAACACACAAAAUGUACAUUCUUAAAAACCA